AGUAUAUUUCUUUUAUAAAAAUUCACUUGUAUGAAUUUGAGAGACUGUAUAUUACUGUAAGUUCCAGUCGUGAAGAUGCCGAGGGUAUCACCAGAGAAGUCUAGUUUUGCCCAGACGUGUAAUCUUCUCAGCCAUUAUCUCAAAGAAAAGGGUAGUCUGCGAGAUCUUAAUCUUGGCAUCAACGGGGAAGCAGCUGACACUGGUUUUUCAGGCCAAGCAUCAAGACAGGUUCACGUUAACCCGUUGAAUCUGUUUCCUCAGCAUGCUAGCAUGCACGAUGAUGCCAUUAGUAUCAUCAACUCCAGUGAAGGAGCUGAAUCCGAGCAUAAGAACGGCCAGAUGACUAUUUUCUACGAGGGACAAGUUCUGGUAUUCGAUGAAAUCUCUUCCGUGAAAGCUCAACAAGUGAUGCAAUUGGCAAGCAAGUCUGCCCCCCAGGUUAACACAACCAAGAUGGUCAGAAACUCAAAGUCCCCCGCCUCUGGUUCUGUCCAAGCCCAGAAUGAUAUGAAGCAGCACUGGCAACCGAUAGCUUCGGAUCUGCCCAUCGCCAGAAGAGCGUCGCUGCAUAGGUUCUUAUCGAAAAGGAAAGACAGGGCCAGCGCAAGAGGGCCAUAUCAGAUACAGGGCUCUUCUGUAGAAUCCGCAAAGGAACAGUUUGAUCUCAACUUAUAAUGAAUGCUGGGCCUGGAUAAAACUGACUAUUAUUACUUUGCUGUACGAUUUGGCUGACCCGCCAAAAUAAUGCAACUCGCGUAGGGACUUUACUUUUGUUUUGAUUGCUAUGAUGAUAUCAGUUUGUAUCAGAGAAGAUGUUGCCGAUUAAUAUAUAUCUUUAUUUAUUGA